AUGACAAAUGAAAUGGGAGAGUUAUUCGACCUGUCCAGCAUGUACUACAACGCAGAAAUAGAGCCUGCAGAUACUCAAUUGGCAAUAACGAAAUCAUGUUCGAUGCCGUCUACGCCACAAGACACAUCCUCGAUCCAGAUCGACCUUGCAGUUCCAGCCAAAGGAUCUGCAGCCCACCGCGCGUUGCAAAUCCCUGAGUUACUUGAACGAAUCCUUGGUCUACUAUCGAGUGCACAGUUACCCUCGAUGCGCUUAGUAUCUCGUCACUGGGAUCGAGCUGCUCUGGAGCCUCUUCGGCUCUUUCCGAUUUUCAAAAAUCGACAUUCAGAUGUGAUCUUGGCCAGGUUGAAUCGGUAUGGAACACAUGUCAUUGAGUUAGAUCUAACAGACGCCCAUCUGAGCGAUAUCAACACAAGUGAUCAAUGGGUCCGACAGUUUGUUCAGGCGAUCACGCAUCAUUGUCCUAACGUCCGGUCUCUCAAGUUGCCGUACGAAUGCUUAAGAUUCGGAGGAGUGGAUCUAUUGGUAUAUUACUAUGCUUCUAAGAAAGUGUAUCGUACCAAGGAAGGUAUCCCAGUAGCACCUCCUAGUAAUACGGGAAUUGGGCCCUCUUCCGGACAAUACAACAAUCAAGACACUAUUAGCCUAGCACAACUCCAUACCCUCAAGCUCGAUUUUUCUCAUACAGAACAUCAACCCGUCAUGGGUACGAAAAUAAUAUCGAGCAUUGGGCGUGGAUUAAAACGACUAGAGCUCAAACUAAACUUGCGCGAGUCCACAUUUAUGCAAACCUUUUUACAACAACAGCAGCAGCAGCAGCAACAGGGUUUUUUUGGCACUGUACUCCAUCACAAUCGUUUACUUUCACACCAAUCUUGUUUCUUGCAAUAUGAUGAGAUGUUAAGCGCCUGUGCUCAAGAUCUCCAAGACCUAGAAAUCAUCCCUGCCCCCCACUUCCUAGACCCGGAGCUGACGAUCGUCAGGCGAGUAUCUGUACCACUCCAACCACAUCCACAUCCACUUACACAAGGUACACAAGAUACACAAGGCACACAAGGGCAGACACAAGCACAGGUUCUAUUCACAGGAACGACCUUCAGUCAGCCCAUAAAUCCUCCUCGCCUGAUCUCAACCUUUGAGUCUCUCAAAAUCUUUGCGAAAUUCAAACCUCCGCUCACAAGACUCCACCUCGGAGGCGUCUGGUUUUCCGAACCUGACAUCUGGACUCUUUCUGAAGCAUGUCCUUUGGUUACAGAUCUUCGACUGACGAACGAAGAAUCUGAUACCCGCCCACGGUCAUCAGAUAUGAAUAGAGCAGCUCAAAACCGUACUUGGAUACAUCCAGAGGCUCCUAUUGCAAUCAAUGAUCGGUUUAAGCGUCCACUAUCUUUAUAUGUCAGUUUGAAGGCAUGGGAAGAGCUUGACUAUACUACUGAUUGCGAGGAGCCAACAAGGUCCUGGAAAGGACUGAGACGCCUGAGACUGGAUGGAAAUAGAGUAACCAUGUACUCAAAGACUCCGUGGAUAAUGCAGAAUCUGCGUGAUCUAGGUCCGUUAAGAGCCACCCAGCUAUCCUCGCUCUGCCUAUAUAACACCCUAGAUCUGACAGACCAGGAUUUGAUAGCGUUUGUGGAUAUAACCCAUGCAACGUUGCAAUUCCUCAAUGUGGACAAGAACAUACUCUUGACAGACCAGUCAAUCCGACAUGUCCUUAUGAUGUGCUCAUCUCUCAAGGAACUCUCUGCGGCAGAGCUGAACCUCACCAUGGCGGUGUUCGAGGACGAGGAACUCGGAUUGACAGACUCAUCGUCGCUAACAUGCGGUGCCAAGAUCAGGAAUGAUGUCGUAAAGAGGAAAUGGGCCUGCUCUAAUUCUCUUGAGUCUCUAGAUCUCUCCUGGAGAUUUGCAGAUGGACGACCCAUGCAUGUCCAAGCUCCACUCUAUGCUGAGAACUACGAGUCGAUCAUGAAAUCGUGGGAUCGAAACCUUCAUAAGCCCUAUCGGCAUCAUCGUCGAUAUUAUCGAUUGCUUGAACAACAGAAGCAGCAACAAAGCCUAUUGGAGAAACAGAUGGGUAAUAAUAGUGCCAGGGGUAGCAAACCCAAGCGCCCAUUUUGGCAUGAACAGGAAGGGUAUCUAAAUGAGUUUGAAGAAGCACGAGCCUUCCGACUGCACUCACCCAGGCGUCGUCCGAGUUGGAAACCCAGAAUCCCUGAAAAGCUGAUUCAGCAGCCAAGCUUGCCCAUGUUCAGCAAGCCUUGGCAGAUUGAAUCCAUCUAUGAGCGAUUGAGGAUGCUAUGCAAACUUGAGGUUUUGCAGCUUGAGGGCUGGUUAAUACCUUGGCGUGCAGCCGAUAUCUAUGCCUUUCUGGGUUAUAGCCACGAAGUUGAGUCGAGUACCAACUCUCCGGAUGUGCAUCAUAUGGAGAACCUCAGGUCGGCUAAGCACUCGCUUGAGGGCAAUGGACUCUUUUGCGGCCGUAGUGGAACAGGAACAGAAGCAUACCAUGGCUCUAAGGCAACUAAUAAUGCAGAGUGCUUGUUUGACAGUGCAAAUGCAGAUCACAUUGUGCUUUCCUAUUUGAGCAAGACACUCAUCUCUAAGGUCUAUCAACCACCCAUUGUCUCCAGUGUUGGCCAAGAAUGUCCUCUCAAGCCCAUCCCUUGCUCUUAUCUGACAAGUUUGAAGCAUCUUAAUAUCCAAUGCAAGAAAGCAAUGUUCCUAAGUAACCCUGUAGGCUCAGAUUCACCAUUUGAAAUGGAGCCAGGAGAGACAAUUGAUUUGGACAAUGACGACCUAUGUGAUAUCACGAAGUCGACAUUUGCACCAGCAUUGCAUUAUUCUCUUCCAUCUGAUCCCGAGAAAAGGAACAAGGGUGCGGAAUCCUCAAACUGUCCUCCCUACUCUUUAUCGUCACCACACCCGAGUUUGCAACCUCAAUUAACCGAAGCAGAAGCAGAAGCAGAUCGUAUGAGAAUAGAAGACCAAGCUUCAAUGUAUUCCGUCAUAGCUGCGUUCAUGAAGGCAUGCCCGCGACUUCAGACCUUUGUGAUUCGUCCACCACCAUCUGUUCUCUCUCAUGAAUAUUCAUCUUCUGCGCUGACAUCAAAGAACUUUGUUGCCACUUCUGCUGCUGCUGUUCCUGUUAACAUAAAUAAUGGUAGAUGGGAUAUGAUACGCGAGUACACAGUCCAAUUAGCAAGUACUAAUGGAGAAAACUCAUUAGUGUUGACGGCCAUGCCCUUGCCUCUAACUCAGGAGAUGAUGCACUAUUUGGGUUGUCUGUCAAAAAGGAGAGUGUUAUGCACUGUCAGGUCCUUCCCGGAGUACUCAAUUAUUCGAGAUUAA